AUGAGCUCCGGGUCGGACGCCUCGCAGCUGCUGUCCCGCUCCAACAGCUCGCCGCCCUCGCCCGCCGCCGAACAGCGCUCGCCGCACAGCACGAGCAGCAACCAGGGCAGCGACUCGCUGUCCAGCCUGGAGCGCCCCCUGCGGGCCCGCGCGCCGUCCAACCACAGCGCCGACUCCAUCCUCGCCAUGUUCCGCAGCUUCUCGAGCUCCAGCCCGCGCGACGAUGUGGCCGGCUCGGACGACUCCUCGGCCUCGUCGGGGCCGGCGCCCGACUCGCCGCCGCGACGCCACACCAUUGAGGUGGCGGUGCUGGACGGCCGCGGCGGCCACGCGCAGCACCCCGCCUCCAUCCUGCUGGAGGUGCCCGGCGCGGGGGCCGCCAAGUGCCUGUCACCCAUCCGCGAGGUGCCCACCCCGGCGCUGACGCCCGUGCUGGCGCGGCGGGGCGCCUGCAGCGACGACGAGGACGCCUCGCCAUUUCCCUCGGGGCUGGAGUCCCCGGCAACACGCUGCAUACCGCUGCUAGUGGUGCAGGAGGCAUCGCCCACUCGCUCGCCGCCGCUGGGGUCGCCGCCGCCACGGAGCUCCGCCGCCGACACCAGCCUGGUGUUCGGCCCUAGACCGACGCCACGCCGGCUCCUCAAGGACCUGGACAAGCCCGCCAGCCUUGACCUGCCCUGCCCGCCGCCGCUCAUCACCGUCACCUGCAACAUGAGCGAGGCCGAGUCCGAUGCGGAGGUCGCCUCGCCGGUUAAGAAGUUGGCCGAGCACCCCGGGCCGGCCAGCGGCAUGACCUACCUCAGCCCCUUCUCCAUGUGCUCGCGCGCUGACCGCGCAGCCUCGGAGUCCAACCUCAGCUCCUCGGGCUACAGCUCCAUGGCGAGUCCCGGCCCGUCGCGCUGCGGCUCCAACAACCCCCUGUGUCCCUCCGAGCUGGAGGACGGGCCCGCCGCCCGCAGCAGGCCGCCCCCGGCCCCGCUCCGCCCCCCGGCCGCCGCCCCCGAGGUGGCCACCCCCGGGCCCCUGCAGGAGCCGUGCGACGCCGCCCCCGACUGCGGCGACUCCGAGACGCAGUCCGACGACCCGCUCGCCGAGUCCAACGACGAGGGCAUCGGCACGGACCACCUGGACGAGAAGAUCGACGAGGGAGAGCUGAAGAGCGCGAAGGAGCUCCAAGUGUUCAUCGGCAAGGAGGCGGAGAGCUCGCCGUGCCGCUCUAUGCUGCAGCUGCCGUCCAUAGUGGUGCAGGAGGCGGGGGGCGGCGCCGACAAGCACUUGAGCCCCGUCAGCUCCCGCAGCGAGUCGCCGCUGAGCGACAAGCUGGCAGGGCCGGGCCGCUUCUCGCCCCUGUUCUAUGGCCGCCACAAGGACCAGCUGCCCUUCACGGACUCGGACGGCCUGUACGACUGCCCCAGCUCGGACUGCCCCAAGGCGCUGCAGCAGCACCGCAAGUCGACGGGGCGCAGGCGCGAGAAGCGGGCGGCGUCCCGCGGCAAGGCGGGCAGCCCCACCAAGGUGACCGCCUUGCUGGACGUGCCGGGCCGCCAGCUGCCUCGCAAGCACAGCCCCAAGAGGGCGAGGGUGCGGCUCCAGACUCGUGUCAGCUCGUCCUCCUCGUCCGAGAGCCUCGCGUCCGCCAGGGAGUCGGUGGCCAGCCACGCCGUCCCGUGCCCAGACAGCCAGCUGCCGGCAGAGUGGGGCCUCAGCGCCAAGCCUCGCCUGCUGGAGAUGUCUGCGGAGGAGAACAGCGAGGAUGCACACAGCGGUGGUCUCCAUGAGGUGCUGUGCCGCGGUGAGCUGCCCAAGCCAGUCAGGAGCACGGGCCGGCUGCGGGCCAUCGGGCACCAGAUCAGCGGUAGUCUCCAUGAGGUGCUGUGCCGCGGUGAGCUGCCCAAGCCAGUCAGGAGCACGGGCCGGCUGCGGGCCAUCGGGCACCAGAUCAGCGGUAGUCUCCAUGAGGUGCUGUGCCGCGGUGAUCUGCCCAAGCCAGUCAGGAGCACGGGCCGCCUGCGGGCCAUCGGGCACCAGAUCAGGUUCCUGAGACGGCUGCAGCAGGGUCUGCGGCAGCGAGAAGCGUUGGCGAGUCCCUCCGACAGCGUGGACAGCUGCGCCGACGAAGAAGACGACGACGAGGAAGGUUCAUCACCCGUGCUCUCGCCGCUGCUGCCCCAGGUGACCAAGAGUCAGUCGAGGCUGCGAGGCCCCACGCGGCACCGCGUCCCCCAGGGCUGGCAGGUUCUGCCCCAGGAGGACCACUACGUGUAG